GAGUUUAGUUUUCAACUGCGGCAAGAGCGUCUGCUGUGCAUAAACGAUAUUGAUCAAGCAGCUAAAGACCUCCUUCACGCGCCCGCAUACUCGCUGAUGGGUCCGUGAAAUAGAAGCGUUCGCGACUCACUGCUCUCCUGUGCCCGAUCGACGCAUAAAGAUGAUGUCGGCGGCAGCGGCGGUGUGUGGGGGAUCUCCUGUCCUGCCUUCAAGCACGGUAGACCCGGCAACAAACGAUGCGCCGCUGGAAUUUGCGGCACGAAUCAAGACAACUGUGGCACCCGAAGGGCUCGGACGUCCUGUGGGAGCCACAUUUGGGAGCUUUGCUGCUGGUCUAGCUGAAGGAGCCGCUGGCCUUCCCUCAUUGGCUAGCCUCAUGGGCAGUCCAGCACCAUGGGGUGUUCCCCCAUUUAUUGGCCUACCUGGAGACCCUGCUCUUAUGGGAGUCGUCUCUAGCUACAGUCAGUGCCCACAGUUCAGUUUCCUAGGGCCGCCUCCGGAAAUUGGACCUGGAAUACUUCCAGCCAGCGUUCUCAGCCCAAAUGCACCUGUGAAGGAACUGCUGAGGUUUCCAAACUGUGUGCUGUAUCCUCCAAAACCAAAUAUGCCACCACCAGCUACAAGAGAGCGACCCCCGGGCUGCCGCACAGUGUUUGUGGGUGGCCUGCCCGAGAGCUCGACAGAGGAACUGGUUCGAGAGGUGUUCCAGCACUGUGGCACCAUCACCACAGUUCGCAUGAGCAAGAAGAACUUUUGCCACAUCCGCUUUGAGACCGAAGAGCAAGUGGAUCGUGCCAUUGCACUCUCAGUGCUUAUUUCUCUGGUCCAGGGAUAUAGGAUGAAAAUCCGAGACCAAGAGGAGGCCAGCCACACAGGGAGGCUGCACGUGGACUUCGCACAGGCACGAGAUGACCAGUACGAGUGGGAGUGCCGCCAGCGAGCCUUGCAGCGCGAACAGCGUCACCGAGAGCGGCUGGAUCGUGAGCGGUUGCGGCCGCCUUCGCCGCCACCUGUCGUCCACUAUUCAGACCAUGAGGCCCAACAGCUGACCGAGCGGCUCAAAGGGGACGAAACCUUCCAAAAGGCAGUGCAAGUGCUGACAGUGUGGCUGGACCGUGGAGAGUGCACCAAGCGCAAUGCAGGCCAGUUCUACUCGAUGCUGCAAACGGCCAACGGUCACAUCCGCCGUCUACUCCAAGAGAAGAAGGACCACCAAGAAGCACUGGACAAGGCUCGCAUCCUUUUCGCCCAGAGACUUCAGGGGAUCCUUGUCCAAUUGGGACAAAUUGAGAAGGUAUUUGCCACGGCCAGUCACCAGAAGGUUUGGGACCAUUUCACCAAGGCUCAACGCAAGAAUAUCGAUACCUGGCGCAAGCAGUCGGAGGAAAUCAAGUCUGCACAUUUGGCCGAUGUGUUGGACAAACGCCAGGAAGAUGAGAUGGACCUGAGUGAUGAGGAUGAGCCAUCACCCGCAAAGGCAGCCAAGAUUUUUGAGAGUGGCUCAGAAGGUGAAAUGAAUCGUCAUCAGCGACCUCGACUGGCCCUGCAAGAAGAGUGCGACUCCCUUCGGUGCCAGCUGGAGGCGUACCGCAACGAGGCACAACUUCUCAAGGCUGAGCAAGAACAGCGGGAUCAGCAGCUUCACUUGCUCCAGCAAGCGUUGCAGGGCCUUCAGCAGCAGCGUACCAGGGAUUUACAGGACCUGGAAAAGCUACGGUCAUCCAAAAACGGCUCAACACCAAGUCCCGAGAGGGAGCCAUGCUCCGCUUCUGGUUCCCGGAAUGAGGUGUCUUCGUCCACUCAGGUUGCAGGGAUAAGAAUCACUGAAAAGGAUGCAAAGUUGAUCGGUUUGGUGUCCAUGUUCCUGCAUCUGCAUCCUGAUGGCGCUAGCCUGGACUAUCUGUGGUCGUACGUGCACACCCGGGAGCCAGCACUACAGCCGUGUGACGUCGAGGUACUCCUUUCCAAGUUCCCCACCCUGUUCCCGCUCGAGGUCACUGGUGUUGGUGCCACUCUCGAGAGGCGAUGGAAGUUUGGCGGAUUCGCACCGUCUCUUUGAAAUGCUUUUUUUUUUGUCUUUGACCUCUUGUGGUGUCAUUCUGUCAGACAAGAAAGCACUUGCAUUCUUUCUCUUUUCUUCGGCCUACAGAUUGUGCAGCACCGCAGUAUUAUUUCACUUAUAUUGUAUAUGAAGCAUAUCUGUUGAAAAAGUAUGCUUGAUGUUUGUUCUCACUGACCUGCGUUACUCAUUGAAGCUUGUGUAGCAGGGUGCAACCUGCCUUAUGUGUCAGUGUCUCUCAAGCAAGGUUUGACUGUGCCUGUCAAAAUUCUUACAAAUUCGUGUGUGAUGGACGGGGUGAUGGACAAUCAAUCCAUUGGCAGUUUAAUUCAGUGUAAUUUUCUUCACAUGCCAGUGCCAGCUUUUCUGCUUUUUUUUGCACAUUCAAGUAGCCUGUGCAUGGGAAUACCUGGAUAUGCACUGUUUCUCAGGCUGUUAUCCAACAGUCACACAAUACGCAUACCACAGUUGGCAAGAAAUAAUGGUGCAUGCUAGUCAAGUGUAGCAUUGUUUUAUUUUUAUUCUUGUUAAAUGGCAUUGUGUUUUAAUUAAUGGCUUUUGUGUGCUUAAUUUUUAUAUUACAUGCAUGCAUGAAGGCAUAUACAAUUCUGUAUACAUACUACUAUGCAUUUGACUGUAACCCAAUGCGAUGUAUGCUUUGCUUACUCUUGGCAUUUUAUAACAGCAGUCUAUGGUGUUAUGUCUGUCUUGGUGUUUUUGUCCUGUUUCAAUGUUCAUUUUUACUUUAGCAAAGUAGGAUUGUGUUGUUGUUUUGAUGAGGGCAAAAUGCAAACACCUGCAUGCUUAGAUUUAAGUGCACGUUAAAGAACCCCAGGUGGUCGAAAUUAAUCUGGAGUCCCACACUCAUAUCGUCGUUUUUGGCACGAAAAACCCCAACAAUUAUUACUAUUUUAUUGCAGUGAUGCUUUGUGUAACACUUGUCGUCUGUUAGCUGUCGGUUAUAUGUGUGUGGAAAACUUGAGCGGCAGCUGCAUUCCAAAGAAUGUGUGUUACAUAUGGCAGAUGCCGGUAGCUCCAGAGGGAGCGAGGAUGGGCCUUUGUAUGAAGAGAGGGCACACGAAAAAGUGGCAACUUUGUGCUCCGUUUAUAGACUCUCCUUGCCAUGCAUGACUGCAAGAUUUGGCUAAGCUGUUCACGGCAGGAUGUGCUUUCUGCUGUAUGUGUUUUUCCACCAAGCAUGAAGGGUGGUUCAGGACCCCUUUAAAUAUGAAUCCUAAAGCGUAAGCUUCCUCAUUAAGUGUGCGAAUGUGUGAGCCCCUUCAUGACAAUGUGCAAAUGUUGCCACUCAUUGCCAAGAAAGAAGCUGUUGAAAUGUGAUAACUCCACUGCAAACAAGUAAUUUUACAGACCGCAUCAUUGCAUGAAGACUUUUCUUUGUACGUUUGAAGUAAUCCCAUUGUUUUUACAUCCAUCUCUCUGUUCUUAAAGCUUUCCUUUUGCACGUCAUCGCGGUUUUGCUGACUGGUGCAAGGGGGUGUUGUAGGAUGCACUUGUAACAUUCGUGCUGAUUGGGCAGUGGCGUGUGGCGUUGUACCACCCGUUUAUUUGUCCUGCUUUUGCCUCCACAUUUAUGAACAUUUUUUCCAGUUUUCUAUUCAAACAAACUGCAAGCAAACUGAUCAAUGCCUACUUUUGCAUCAGUGCACCGGGAUUCUUGCGAGAUUGUGCAGCUAUUGGGUAGAGUAGGAAGCGCAGAAGAGAGUGUUUUGAGUUACCGUAGCUGUAGAGAUUGGCAGGCCUUUCUAUCUUUCUAUUUUUGGGUGUCAUAGUUCCUUACCUAACCAAGCCUAACCCUAUCAAGGCUCAGUUUUACAUGAGCGGUUGCUGAAUUCGUUCUUUAUUUCAAAUCUCAGCAUAACAUGGUUCGGGUGAUGUUCAAAACUGAAUGAGAAAACCUUGUUUAGCGUAACAGCCUUGUUUCGGUUAUUUGAAUCCCUUCAGAAAAUAAAAUUACUGUCUGCGUUGAAUAGCCUAGAGUUAAUGCUUUAGCAUUUUGGCUGAUUUUUGCACGCAGAAGUAGCUGCAAAUGUUUUAACUUGAGAACUGCAAGGUUUUACAUCUUUACCUUUUUAGAAACACUGUAGGAAGUGACGUAAAUUACGAAAGUCCAAAGAGCUAUAGUAAGGGAAGUCGAGAGAUUGCUUCGAGAUAAGUGUACUGUACUGUAGCUGCUAGUUUUCUAGAAGCCAAUUUGUAGGUGAUGCAGCAAACACACCUACACAUCACCUGGUUAUAAUACUCCCCAAGCUGAUAUGCCAAAGACGCAGUAAUACUGCCUGCUCAUAUAUACAGCAUGCCUCGGCUUUGUUAGCCAGCAUUUAAUGUCUUUCGCAUGGAUGAACUUCUUAAGUUCAUGCUGUUUGUGAUGGUCAGGAGAGUGUAGAGUAGUAAAUGUUUUCAAGAUAGAAAGGUGGGAUGGAUUAUGACUUUUCCAAAAUGCUGUACUUUGGUGAUGGCAAGUAACGCUUUUGUGCAGUGGUUUUGGACAGUCUUUAAAGGCACAGUUCAAUGUUGUAAUGCUUGAACACAUAAAUGUGUUUUCUCGCACGGCUCUUGCUGAUGCAUAGAGAGCAACUGCAGUCGGAACAUAGUUAUACAGAGUCUCAUCCAACACAGAAAUACUUUUUUGAUAUCUGUGUUCACUGUAUCAAGGUUGGACUGCAGUGUGUAGGAGAGGCAUUUUAGUCUGUUGCAACUAGCUGUUUUAGCUAGCUGUCAUAAUCACAGUAAUAAGCAGCAGUGUAAUUACAGCUUAUGCCUACUAACUGACCUAGCAAGUGUGGUUGGCUGCGAGUUGUUUAUGCAUCCAUAUUUUAGGUGGCCAGCUUCAGGUACUUGGGCUUGUGCUUUGAUAAUGUGUUGGUAGUAGACUAGUUUUCUUGCUAACAUUUACAAUAUAUUAACGCACCGCUUGUCAUCACGUGAGUGCUAUGCUCCAAGAUGGCGUAUGUCUAUAUGUCGAGAGCAUGAUCACACAGCUAGUGCUUAUUACAUCAGCUGUACACGAUAUAAGUAUGGCAAUUAAAACUGUGUUAUUGGAACACUGAACAUUUAAAAGUGGCAUGUCUAGGUGUUGGAGCUUUCUCUAGUAUGCAGGGUGAGAUGCCAUGUAUGAAAAUAUUGCAGAAAUCUAGCAUGUUGAGUUUAAACUAUUUUAGCUGUGAACAGUGACUGUGAUUACAGGUUGUGCAUCCAUGUUCCUUCGUGUGUGUUUGCCUUGGACAAAACAUUAUGUCACAGGCGUAGUUCACAAGCACCUAAUACGAUAAUGAUGCAAGUCACGUGAAAAUAUAUUUAGGAGCUGUCACCACAGCUGUUUUAUCAAGUGGAUGUGAUUUCUCACCAUUCUACUCUGUAACUUUGUGAAUUUCAGUAUUGAAAAAGGACAGUAGAGCCUAAGUGGCUUGUAUGAGUUAUCAUAAUUACAAAAUGAUUAUAGUAUAACUAUGGAUGAUUAUAAUUAACAGUGUCUGUAUCGGGUAGCAGGGCCAUGCUCACUCUAUUGCUGAGGUAAAUGAGUUCUGUAGACACAGGAUUAAGUUUACAAGCAAUAUUAUGCAAAAAGGUUCUCGGCAAAUUUAGCAAGUAUUUAGCAAGAAUGGCAUGUCAUUCAAUUUAGGUGGCUUUCAGCAAUGUGCAGCCAUAAUUAUGCAUAGACGUAUA